AUGGAGAAAAUCAGAACCAUCUCGCCAGUACUUCAUCUAGAUCUAAAUAAUUUCGAUUCGCCUGAAGCGGAAACAUGUCGAUAUGUUUUAACCAGUCCGCGGUCGUUGGAAUCUUGCGCAAGAUUAGGGGUGAAACCGGUUGAUUUAUUGUUUAAAUCUCUAUCUGAGUUCAUUGAAGAAAACGAGGACUUGCCGUUAGAAGCUCUCACAAUUCUGUAUGAGGCACACGAAAAAAAACGUAGGGAGCGUCUGCGUCUCUGUCGAGAAGAAAGAGAGAGGAUUAUACAGGAUGGCAGAAGUAUAAAGUCCUCCAGUAAACAAUUCUUAGCCCUUGAAACUGUCCUUGAGCAAGCAUCUGAGAGCCAGUGCUCGGAUUCCAAGUUCAAACACAACUCUGAAGGUAUUAGAAAAGAAAAGAAUCAGUCUGUGGGAGAGUUAAACUGCCAGCAGUCUACGCCUUCCCUCUCUGAAAAAUUCAGGGAACAGUGCACGCGAAUGAGUACGCAGAGGGCCCCAGACUCUCGUCAGCACUGCCAAUCCAGUUUCAGUUUGGGGGACCUCAGGCAGUCCCCAGCCACAGAGAGACUGCUACGUGAACUGACUCAGGAAAUAAGACGUAAAAGGUGUAUCACUGUACCUGAGAAAGACUGUAAAAUAGCUGCACUGAUGUUGGUGAAACACGAGGAAGAGCAAGACCGAUUGACGCAGAGCCAUGUGGAGGAGCAGCAACGGGAGGAGGCCCGGAGACAAGAAGAGGAGCGACGGGCUUGUGCCGAGCGCAGGAGGAGAAAAGAGCUGUUGGGGCGCAUACGACGCUGGUACGAGGACGUAGAGGCCAGGAGGAGGCGUCGGGAACUAGAGGCAGCGAUGCUGAUUGAGCAGCGGAGGCAGAAGACGCAGCUACAGGAGGAGCGUUGGAGGAGACAGUCAGAAAUGCAGAUGGCACAGCGCAGGGAGAAGAUAGAGUUAGUGCGGAGGGAGGUGGAGGAGCGUAAGCACUACCAGGAGACACUGCUGAAGGACAAGGAGAGGAAAGAGCAGGCACAGCUGGAAAAGGACCUAAAGCUGUCACAGGGCAAGGAGCAGCAGGCCAAAAGAAGCAAGGAGAUUCUGGAGAGGAGAGAGAAAAGGAGGCUCCAGCAGGAGAAUCAGAGAGAGAAACUUAGACACCUCCUCCUGAAAAGGAAGGUGGAAGAAGAAGCAGAGGCUGAGAAGGCAGUUAGGAGGGGCGCGCUGGAGUGGAAGCUGUGUCGCUCAAUGGAGAACCACGCCCAGCUGGUACAGGCUCGACUGCAGGAGCUGCGAGAACGUUCCGUUCGUGAAGAAGAGCAGAUUCGAAAAGCACAGCAGCGGGCACGCUGGCAGAAGCUCGAACAGCAAGAACAGAAACAGGCCCUGGUCCAACUGAGCCAGCAGCGUUCUGAACAAGCACUGCAGCACGUGCAGACCCAGCAGUGCAGACGAGCUGAGCAGGUCAAACAGUGGAACCAGGAGAAGACACUCUCCCACCGUCAGCUCAGAGACAGGGCCAAAAAGAAGGAGGACGCUGAGUGGGAGCAGAGACGUAACGCCGCGGCCCUGAAAGAACGCAGGAGGGAACAACUGCAGAAGGAGCGCGAAGAGGCGCAGGAGAGGAGCCGCAAGGUGGCACGAGCCUCCUGCAACCUGAGGGAGAGGGUGCGGGAACAGACCCAUGGUCGAACCUUUGACCAGAUGGCACUGGAGGCAGAACUGACCGCUCAUUUUGGUCGCUUAAAAAUCUGGCAGUAA